AUGGCAUCGCCGAGAAGGACUGAAGCUGGGAUACUCUGCCGGGUCAAGACUCUGGUAACCUUCUGGAGUGGAACUGGACAUGCUUGCUUCUGUCCAGAGUUGCAUAGCCAACUGCAUCCCCAGUGUGCCAGUGAAGUACAUGGCACAGAAGAUUCUUAUGUCCUGCAACUUGGUGUGCAUACAGAGACAGAAGCAAAAUCUCAUGUUUAUUGA